GCCAAUCAUAUCGAGCCAUUUUUGGUUGCUACGCGACGAGUCAGCCAAUGCCCUGCUGUUUGGAUUGUGUGCAGCAGCUUCUGUCGUUGGGAGAAACAAGGGCUUCAGAUCUGUUCCUGUGUCGUGAAGAAAAUACCAUCUGUAGGAUAUAAACGAUACAAACUCAACGAGCGGAGCUGACAGCAUAGGUGGAUCCUGUGUGUGGGGGGUGGUGUGUGUCCUACACAUGUGGUAGAUGAUCCAGACACGUAGACUGAAGGCAGAUCUGCAGCAAUGCCAGAGUCCUCGCUGGUCAAGGACAUUCACGGCACCUCUGCUGAAUGUAGAACAUCCCCCUUGAGAGAGUUUUACCAAUCAUCCCUCCUGCUGCACAGAAGCUCCAACAUGCUCAGCUGCUUCUGCACAGAGCACAAUGUGCAGGAGUGUGCAUCACACAUCAGUCAGGAGCUGUUAUUGCUUGGCCUCACACCAGUUUGGACCGAGUUGUCGUGCAGGUCAGAGCUAAAUGUCACGGCUGUGAUAAAUUGCAUGUAUGACCUGAUUCAGCUGCAUCGUCGAAGCAUCCGAACACUGGAAAAUUUGGAAGUGGAACAUCACAAGUUGAGCAGCAACGUGGCCUUUCUGCAGCUCACCAGUACCAGACAAACGGAGCAGCUCGAGGUUUGCAAAAGAGAAAACGCGGGGCUCGUUGAGAAAGAACGGCAGCUUCAGCUGAAAGUGAAAAGUUUGCAGAAUGCUGUGAGAAAUGAAAAGGAAGAGGUGCAUAAACUUCAGAACAUAAUUGCAAGUCGUGCGAGUCAGUACAACCAUGAGAUGAAGAAGAAGGAAAAAGAAUUUAACAAACUAAAAGAGCAUCUGCAUCAACUUCUGGUCGGUAAAAAGGAGAAGAAACAAGCCAUUGAUGUGUUAAAUAACAUUGGAAGAGCAGAUGGAAAGAGAAGCCUUUGGAAAACUGAAAAGACAGAAGCAAAACAUGAAGGCGAGAUGUACAGAACUCUGCUGAGUGACUACGACGCCCGGCAGAGGGAGCUGGAAGUGGAAAAUGCAGAGAUGAGGAAAGUGUUGCAGCAAAUGAAAAAAGACAUGAUGUCGGUUUUAAGUUCAACCAAAUUGACUGUGACGAAUGAUAAACGAGCAGCUGACGGCGUACAGGCUGACUCGGGCGAGGAAGAGGAAGUGCUUGACUCCAGUAAGGAAAGCGUAGAGCUGCACUGUGUUCAUGCUCGGGAGAAGCUGACUAACAGUAUUCGCCUCCAGUGGAGAAGACUCAAGAAUCAUGUAGAAAGACUGGACAGCCAAGCAUCUUUGGCUCAGGUGGAUGAGAGUAAAACUUUAGCUGUUCCUCGAGAGACUCACGAGGAGGAAAUGAACAGAUUGAAGCUGGAGAUCCAGCAGUGCAAAGACUUUAUCCAAACACAGCAACAGCUGCUGCAGCAGCAGCUCAGCUCUCCAUGUGAUGAGGAGACUGGUUCUUUGUUGAGUGACCGCUACAUGUCCCAGGAGACAGAGCGCCUCAGAGAGGAGUGGAGGACCUUAGAAGAACAGAGAAAGAUCUUUGAGAGGGAGAGGAGGAACUUCACAGAAGCAGCCAUAAGACUGAGUCAUGAGAGGAAGGCCUUUGAGGAGGAUCGUGCGACAUGGCUGAAACACCAGUUUUUAAACUCCAGUCCAUUUGCAGACUCAAAGAAACCUCAGAUGUCAAAGUCUAAAAGUGCCUUUUUAAUAUCAGCUGAAACAGAAGCAUGUGGGACAAUGGAUCCAGAAGAGCUCGUCAAAUGUCCAUCUGACACGACUUCUCCCGCACACAGAUGUUUCCCACUCACAUCACCAUCCACAGCCAACACGUCACGCACUGUUCCUUAUCCCAGGAAAAAGCUCGAGCAAACCGAAGACAAAGACUACUGAGUGUGAUGAGGAAAUCAAACAUCUUUUGUUGUGGAAAUGUUCCACUUCAACCACAGCAAAGACCACAGUGGCCACACACUCACACAGGAAACAAACAACCAUUUGUGUCAAGCCAUUUUGUCUGGCAAGAUUGUAAAGUGAUGAAAUACUGUAGCAGUCAAACUAGUUAUAUGUGCUCUUGUUUCUUUUUCCAUUGCUUAACAUUUUGUUGGUAGAUUUUGUAAUUACUUACAGUAUUUGGACGAUACUAUACAUAUUGCUUUGGGAGUCAUAGCUCAUGUUUAGCAGCAUUUUGUCUGGCAAGAUUGUAAAGUGAUAAUGCACAUUCCUCUCACCACUUUGAAAUGUAUGCAUUCAUCAUGGUGGUUUUUAUAUUGACUACAGUGAUGUAUAUUGUAUUGUAGAUUAAUUUGCUUCUAAAAAAAAAACAUCCCUCCCUGUUAUACUUACACUGAACUUCAUUUGUCAAGUUACUGCGUGUCCAGUGUCAGCUAUCAAUACCAAAUGGUGAAGAGGCAAUUCUGCAGAAAUGUCUGUAAUAGAGAUAGACGAGAUAGAAGCAUUAUAAUGUUGCAGUAUAAGCAAACACUGAUCGAUAUCUACCACUAUAACAAACAUUUCAAAUCCAUUAUAUAAAAAUGACACUUACCAGACACUCUAUUAGGUAGACUGGGCAUCUAAUAAAGUGGCAUCUACUUGAACCCUUAGAACACAGAGCAUUUUGGCUACAGUACAAUCUGAUGAAACUGAUUUUCUUUUUUUUUUUUUCAUUUUCACCACACCUAAGUACUCAAAAUGUUUAAAAUCAGAUUGAAUUUGUGAAAUUUGGAAAUAUGUCACAGUUCAAAGUUCACUUGGCUUGCUUUUAUGAACAAAAAGAAAAGAAAAAGGGUCUAUUUUGGGACUUCUGCACAAUUAUUGCUACUUUAUAUCACUACUAAAAAUGCGAUAUAAAAUGAAUCAUUAUCUAAUGA